AUGAGUAGCAGUUGUACAGAUACAACCAAUGGACAAUAUACAACAUUUUGGCUCGAUUAUUUUAUUUCAAUUGGUUAUAUUGAUAGUUCAAGUUCCUACAAUCCUUAUGCACCAUAUGGCAAAUGUACAACUUCAUUAUUAUGGAUAACUUAUUUAAUAAAUCUUGUUCAUUUUUUUCUUCUAUCCGCUGGUAUUCUUUAUUUGCUUAGUUUUCAUCAAAAUAAAGCUGGAUUUUGGUGGCCAUUUAUAACUUGGAUUUUGUCGUUGAUUUUUCUUAUUGUAUCGAUUAUUUUCUUCAUAAUUUGGAAUUUAAAUAUAACUUUAUUUUCAAUACUAAUUAUUGCUUUUCAAUUAUCAACAUUGAUUAUUUUAUGGAUUUCAAUUUUUACUGUCGUUCCAUUUGCAUUCAUAAUUGACUAUCGUUAUCAACGAUGUUUAUUCUUUUCUCUUAUUCUUUUACUUUUGAUUCAAAUUGGUUGUUUAACAAUACAAACUCUCUUUACAUUGCAUUGUCUUUUUAAUCUGAAAUUUGUCGCGACAUCUUUGGAUUAUGGUUAUUGGUCAGCAAUCAUUGCUGCCAUUGGUACAAUUGUCUCAACUCUUUUGUUGGAUCAUAUAUUUCUAUGGUGUCGAAACCAACAAGUACCAAUAAGAGUUCAUCCUGCACCAAUGAAUCAACAAAAUCAACAGAAUCAACCGAGUCAACAGAAUCAACAAAAUAAUCGUCAAAAUCGACCUACAUCACCUGUUGACCCAGCAGUAUUGGACGAUUUUCAUCGUAAUCCAGACGCAGGUUUAUAUCAUAUUUAUAGUAAUGAACAGGGAACAAGACAUUUUCGUAUUUUACCAAAAAAUUCACGUAUGAUGUUUCAGUAG